GCAAGAUGUCCUCGGUGCGCCCGGGGAAGUCUACGAGAUCUGGGUCCCGCGUAUCCAAAAGUUCUGCAGCCAAUGCGAACAAGGUCGCCCAGAUCAAGACCAUUCGCUGCUCCGUGGAGCGCGAAGAGGCAUUUUCCCAGCUGAGACAAAAUCAGAUGGGCGAGAGGUAUGGGAAGAAGGGGACGUUUGGCUCACGGGAGAAGAUUAUUGCCAGCGUCACUGUGGCGGUGCACUCGGCGUGGCUGGAGUGGUGCACGCUCAUGUUCACAGUUCUGUCGGCCGUCCUCGUUGGCUGGGAG